AUGGAAAGUCCCACGACGGAGCCCUUUGUGGACGUGGACAAAGGCAUCUGCCUGGCCUGCCUCUCCCUGAUGUGUCUCUUCCUGCUGGUCAUGAUGGUGAGGUGCGCCAAGCUGAUCGUGGACCCUUACACGGCCAUCCCCACCUCCACUUGGGAGGAGGAACCCCUGGACUGA